AUGAAUAACUAUUUCAAUCUUCCCUCAACAUCAACAAAUGAUCUGUUUUCAAACAACGGGUCAACAACAGCCAAUACUGCUGGUAAUAGUAAUAAUAAUAAUAAUAAUGCAGGAACAUCGUCGAAUGGUGAACAACAAACAUCAAAUAAUGAUGUUAAUAGUUCGACAUCAUUCCCCUAUGAUGUUGAUUACAAUCGUGGUGGAUUUCCCUCCACAUUCGAUCGAUUGGCGUUUCCUCCUCCUCCUCCAACAGCGAAUAAAGAUCCACUGAUGAAUACCUAUUCAAACUUUACUAUGAUGCAAGCUGCAGCAGCCGCAACAAUUUCGAGUUCGAACUCUCAUCAUCAUCCUCAUUCACUUCACCCGCAUCAUCAACAACAACAGCAACAACAUCUUCAACCUCCCAUGCACCUUCAACAACACCCGUCAGCAAAUGAUUAUCUUUUACCACCAUCGAAUGGAACAUCGUCAUGGAAACAGGGUGAACCCAUGUCAUCCUCAUCCUUAGCUGGUACAUCAGGUAAUGACAUGAUAUCGGCGCCAUCAAUGCCACCACCUGCACACCCACAUCAUCAAUUAUCAAGUUUUUCAAUGGCAGUUACUAAUCCAAUGCUUUACUAUGCACAUUCAUGGAUGCGACCAGAAUUCAAUUUUGAACAUAAGCGUACGCGUCAAACGUAUACACGUCAUCAAACACUGGAAUUGGAAAAAGAAUUUCAUUUUACAAAAUACUUAACACGGCGACGACGUAUUGAAAUUGCACAUAGUUUAGCAUUGACAGAACGGCAAAUCAAAAUUUGGUUUCAAAAUCGUCGUAUGAAAUGGAAAAAGGAAAAUAAUUUCAAAUCACUCAAUGAUCCAAACGUAAAACUAGAAGCCAAUGCAAGCAGUCAUGGUAGCAGCGGACAUAAUCAUCAUCCUCACGCAAUGUCAACAACUGAUGCAACAUCAUCGUCAUGGCCAUCGGUGCCAAGUGUUAAAAAAGAAAAUAAUCCUCAUCUUUCUCAUCAACAUCCUCAUCCAUAUGGUACCAAUGGAAACAAUAAAUAG